GCUGGACCAGACAGAGAUAUUGUGCAACAGCUUUUUUUGUGCUUUAAGUUGAAAUGAAACUUAGGGAAGGUUGCUGAAAUGAAAGUGAUUGUAGCGACAGCCCCCUUUUUGGGGGGCUUGGUGGUGGUCCGGUCUUUAUAAGGAGUGAGAUUUUGUCAUAGAAAUCUGCUGGGAGAAGUUCAAAGAUCUACAGGACAUCCAGGGACCGCGAAACAGCAGGGUCCUAUACGCUGACUAUUGAAAAUGCUGGCGAAUGGAAUCACACUCUCUUUGUGGCUUUUGCUGCUUCUUCACAUCUCCGGGACCGAUUCUAUGAAAUUCUCGCUAUUCAAAAAAAAGCCUGAGGCACAGGCAAAGGAGGGUGAGGUGAGGCUGGCAGGCUCGAAGACAAGCUCAGAGGGCCGUGUGGAGAUCUACCACGACGGGACAUGGGGGACCGUGUGUGACGAUGGCUGGGACCUGGCUGAGGCUCAGGUGGUGUGUCGUCAGCUGCGAUUCCUUGGAGCCAAAUCUGCUGUCAAUGGAGGAACUUACGGAGAAGGGUCUGGACCCAUCUGGCUGGAUGAAGUGAACUGUAAUGGUACCGAGAGCGACCUGUCCACAUGUGUUUUCAAAGACUGGGCAGUUACAGACUGCACACACAAGGAGGAUGCUGGAGUUGUUUGUAAAUCAUCAGACACAGAUAUGAACAUCAGUGAUACUGGAUACAUGCUGGACCAUAGUCUGGCUCUGUCGGAGGAGCUUGGCCAGGUGUUUGACAGUGGAGAUGGCUGUGACUUCCAGAUUGUGGUCCAGAGCACCACUGGCAACAAACAGCUGGAUGGGACCUUGGAGACAGUUCAGACGACAAUCUGUGCACACAAAAUGAUCCUGUCACGAUUCCCACUCUUCAACACCUCAGAGGAGAAUACCAUCUCUGUUCAUGUCAGCCUAUCUUGCCAACCAUAUUUCACUUCAUUCAUCAGGUAUAUUUACACUCGAAAGGCAGAUGUGACCUUCUCCUCUGCACAGUGCCUCCACCAGAUGGCCUCCAAGUUUGGGGUGAAGCAGCUGAUGGAGGACACAGGCCGGCUCUUCAGUAAAUUUCUCCCACAGGAUGUCACAUUUCACACCCCGGUGUCCCUGUAUGAGUACUCAGUGGAAACUGGAGACUUCCUUCUGAAGGAGAACUGCCUCCAGUACAUGGCCUGGAACUACCAAAAUCUUACCCAGUCGCCUGCUUGGAGCCACCUCUCUGUGAAACUCCUAGGAGCCCUCCUGUCUCGCUCCGAUCUCGUGGUGUCAGAUGAAUACUUUCUGCUAGUCUCUCUGGAGGAAUGGAUCUCACAGAGGGGUAACCUCAUCAGUUUGGAAAGUCAGGCUGACCUGCUGAAGCUCAUCCGAUUCCCUAUGAUCCCUGCUGAGAAGCUGUAUGAGCUGCAGUUCAACUCUACACUCUACAAUGCUCAUCAGGAUGUGUAUGGUAGCAACAUACUGAAAGCAUUUCAGUUUAAUGUUCUACUUUUCAGCACACUGAAGAACAACCCAGUGUUCAAGAAAGAUGAAGAUGAUUACCAAGCCAGGAUCUACACAGCCACGCCAUGGGCUGCCACUAUUGACCGGAGCGCUGUCAAGCAAUCAUCAGGCAGUCAAAGCCGAAGAAACUAUCCAGCUAUAAAUUAUGGCUAUGACUAUCGUUACAAUUAUCGCUACACCACUGUCAGUCCAUACCGCCACCUCAGACAAAAGUCAUUCAGCACCCCUGUUCACAACAGCCUGAUCUUCAAGACCAACGUAAUUCAGUGGGAGGCAAAUAUCUUCAUGAGCCAAUCUGAUUGUUCAAACCGGGGUGUCAGAUGUGAGUCGUUCCCCACGGCGAGGCUGACAGCCCAAAACAGCCUCAGGCAGUACCAGAGCAGCAUUCGCUUUAGUAACCAGCUCCUGCUUCGGUGCCAAGGCAAGUACAUCUGUCAGGUUCAGGACUUCAAGAACGACUUGUCCCAUAUCUCCACAAAUGGUAGCCAGGGUCUACCCUAUCCCUGUCCUGAUGGCCAGUACGACUACCAAUUUGUGGUGAUACCCAACUAUAUCUGAUCUAGUUGCACUGUCUCAGAUGUUAUGAGGUAGCCACCACAGGAAAUAAUUCUAUCAAAUCAGUGACGGCAAUCAAAUACUAACAAUAUUCUUUGCGUGGAUGAUUUUCUCAUGAAGCUGUAUCAAUUAACUUUAAUUAAUACUAACCUAAUUCAUAUCAUUCCUUCCCGUCUCUUUGUAAAAAUAAACAAAGUAAUAGGAAUAAACCUCCUUCUCCACACUAUUGCUCAGCACAAUUAUUUCGAAAAACUCAAUUCAGUCUUCAAAAGAACUUUACUCCCUACAACUACCAAGUGACAUUUUACUUCUGGGACAACCAAAUUACCACUGUAAUGGAUGUGUGUGAUCACUCUGUCAGUAGCAUAUGACCUCAGCCAUAUUGAUGCUCUUCAGAUCAUUGACAGAAAAGGAUUUGUAUACAUACUGUACUUACAAAUGUCAUGAAAUUAAGCUUUGGCAGAGAACCAGUGGUAUUAUUUAAUUUUUAUAGAGGGAAAAAGAAUAUUUUAAUUACAUUGUAAUCACAGAACAUUUUAGUACAUAGUGUGGGUUAUUACUGAAACUAGAACUGAUGAUUAAA